AUGGCGGAGGAAUGCCCCGUCGCCGCCAUCCUCCCCCACUCGGGCUUUGCCCGACGUCGACUACAACACAAAAAGAAGUCGAGAUUCGUCCGAGAAAGGUGGCCGGGAAAAAUGGAUCAGAGGACGAUCAUCAUGUGCUCGGUCGUCGGCUCUCUCGGGGUGCUGAGUGCCAUCCUGGGGUUCUCAGCCGAAGGCACGAAGCUCACCAUUUCGGACUUGUAUGUGGGCGGAGGGGUGUGCCUGUACCCGCAGAACCCGGCGCUGGGGCUCGGGGUCUGCGCCGCCAUCUUCCUCAUCGUGGCCCAGAUCGUCUUCGCGGCCGUCGGCGGCUGCUGCGGCUGCUGCAAGUCCCGCGCCAUCCCCUCCGAGACCAACCGGAUCAUCGGCGUCAUCUGCGCCGUCUUCUCAUGGAUUUCGGCGAUGAUCGCGUUCGGGCUGCUGGUGGAGGGCGCUGCGUGGAACUCCACCGGGACGCGGUACUCGUCAGUGUACGGGUAUUGCUACGUCCUUAAGGACGGCAUCUUCGCCGGAGGUGCCGUGCUCACACUCGUCGCCACGGCCCUCGGGGUCACCUCCUACAUCAUGCUCCGCAAGCAGCCUGCCGCCACGGCCGUGCCCAAGGCAGGCGAGCAGAUGCCGGCGGGCGGCGCCGGGAUCGCGAUGGGGCAGCCGCAGUUCCCGCAGCAGGCUUCUCCACAGGGGCAGGGGUACGGGCAGGCGCCGCCGAGCUACCCGCAGUACUCGCCGCCGCCUCAGGGACAACAGGGGUACGGCCAAGCGCCGAACGCGCAGUUCCCUCCUACCGCCUCUCCUCCAUACGGCCAGGCGCCCAGCCCGCACUACGCCCCUCCUCCGGCACAAGGCUACGCACCCAACCAGCAGCAGCAGCAGCAGCAGUUCCCAGCUCCUCCGGCGCAAGGCUACGGGGCACACGCGCCGAACCAGCACUACCCUCCUCCUCCUCCCGCUCAUGGCUACGGAGCGCACGCGCCGAACCAGCAGUUUCCCCCUGCAUCUCCUCCUCCUGCUCAUGGCUAUGGACCGCACACGCCUCCUACAGGACACGAACAGGUGUAACGCGCGCAGUCUGAUCAACCAUACAUCCGUGAUUUCGAUUGUUUUUUCCCAUGUAACAUCUGUAUCUCUUGUACUCUCUACCUCUAAAGGAGGCCCCUGUAUUCUUGUGUUACUUCUGGAGGAUCAGCACAGUUUGUUUAUUGCUCUACGUUUGUAGUAAAUAUUUCUCGUUUAAUC